AUGGACGAAAAAGCCGCCGCCGCAGCAUCAGACCGCAUCUCCCCGGUCUCCUCCCAAACCACCACCGUGACCACCAACCAUCUCGAAGCCCUCGAUAAGCUCGAAAUCCUCCCUCAAAUCCUCCAAGAAGGCAUCCUCUUCGCCGGCUCUGGCGCCGCUCUCCUCCUCCAAGCGGCCUACCCUAACAUCAAAUCCGCCUUCGAGGAGGCCAACAAAACCAAGACCGAAAGUAUCACUCCAGCCAACACCAGCACCGACAGCAACCUCGCCAACGACCUCAGCAACACCCUCCAAACUGCUCUCAGCUACAUUGCCUGCCUUGUCUUCGGCACCAAAGAAGAGAAGAAACUCCUUCUCGACCUCCUUCAAAAAGACAACGCCCCUCUCCCCACCAAACUUCCCUGCGACCCCUACAUCCAGCUCUGGCUCACAGCCACCCUCUACGCAACCGCUACCGACUUCUACCAGCGCAUCUACGGCCGCGUUGAUUACCGCACCGCCGAGAAAGCCUAUAUCGAGUUUACUACGAUCUUGUCCUGUCUCAACAUCGCCAAGGACGUCUGGCCGCCCACUCGCCAGGCGUUCUGGACGUACUGGGAUGACCAGAUCGAGCGGUUGAAUGUCAGCGGGGAUGCGCAUCUCUUUGCAAAGGAUCUUCUGAGUCGGACGGAUUUCCCUCGCUGGGUUACGACCGUGAAGCCUCUGCUGAGGGUCAUUACGAUUGAGAUGCUCCCGCCUCGGAUUCGCGAGGCGUAUGGGCUCAAGUCGUCGGUCAAGACGAGGGGGUUGUAUCGCGGGACAAUGGGGUUCUCGGUCGCGGUGUAUCCGGCGCUGCCUGCUUCGAUAAGAGGAUAUCCGUUGAGGUAUUAUUUGGGGGAGUUGAAGGCGAAGUUAAACGCUUAG